CAAGUCAAUGCUUUUGGCAUAGCAUCUGGAAACGCCAUCUAUAAAAGCUCAAAACUAGUGUUUUAAAGGUCACUCUGCUUCAUAUUCAGCUACUAGAAGUUACUAAAAAUUGAGUUUGAGAGUGAAGUUGUCAAGACUCAAGAAUGUCCUGCCUCAUUCCUGUUGAUAUUUUCUAUAAACAUGUGGAUUCUUUUCUGCCUGUAGGAUACAGGUUUCAUCCCACCGACGAGGAACUUGUCAAUUAUUACUUGAGACGACAAAUUCUCGGAUAUAAAGAUGACCCGUGCAUUAUUCCGGAGACCCCUUCUGUGCACAAAUUCGAUCCUUGGCAUUUACCCGGCCUAUUUAGAGAACGCUCAAUUGUGAGGUCGCAGGAGGCGGAGUGGUGGUUCUUGUCUCGUCUUUUGUUCAAGACUCGAAAUAGUAGUAAGUAUGACCGACAAACUCCAUCCGGUCAUUGGAAAACAACCGGUCAAGAGAAGAAGAUCAAUGCCAAAGGUACUAAUAAGUUGAUUGGGACUAUGAGGAAUUUAGUUUUCAUAGAAAACGAGGGUUCAAGCGCCACAGAGACAGUAUGGGUAAUGCAUGAGUAUCACCUACAUGACUGCAAUUUCGGGGCCAACUUUCUUGACCAGCAGAGAUUUGUGCUUUGCCACCUUAUAAACAAACGAGAUGAGUUCAUCGACGCUUCAACCUCUGUUGAAGCUGCAUCGAUGUCAUCUUUCUUGAACUUAGACAAUGACAAAGCACGGAGUAACAUUCCGGAGAACGUUAUGGAAGCCGUGAUGGAUCCACGUGCAGAGACCUUAUGCCCACCGGUGAACCCAAACCUCUCCUCUACUCAACCUAUCGUUGACAUGGGGACUCCAUCUGACAUCCAUAUUACAAAUGACAAUCAAUUUGACUGGCUAGAAUUGGUAGAUAGGACUGAGAAGGAUGGAUCUAUCAACAAGUUCUUAGAUGAGACAGAUCAUGGACAGGGUUGGUGGUUGCCUACAGACAGAGCGAUCGAGCGAGGGGAGCAUAUGCCUAGGGAAGAAACAAGUGUUCCUGCUCAAGACAAUUUGCAGCAAGAAUAUAUUUAUUUUUUGAACGUUCAAGUAGUCGAAGAUUAUCCCGAGAUCAACUGCUUGACACGUGAUCCUACGCCAACUACCCAAGCUUCUAGAAGGCGAGACACAGUCCAACUACCGAAAAAACUCUCUGGCGGCUUGACACGUGGUCCAGUAACACUCCAAGCUUCUAGAGGUCGAGACAGAGUCCCUCUUCAAAAUAAACCCCCUGGUAGACUAGCCUCCAAGGUGAAGGCCCCUGAAAGGGAAGUUGAAAAGGACAAAGCUGCCGCUAACAUUUCCAAGAAUGUCUUCUCUAUGAGGGAGCUUAAAGCACGCUUGGAACAGACCCAAGAAAUCGAACAAAGUCGCAAAUCAGAAUCAUCUGAUUUCACAGCAAGCAGUGCAGAGAGUCCUACGAUGGUGCGUGAUAAGGGCCUGCAAGGUUCCGUUUCAAGAGAAAUUUCAAACCGAAACAAAAAUCUUGAAUCAAAAUCCUUCCAAACUUCAGCCAAGCAAAACCGGAAAGUAAGACCCUCAAGCAAAUCCAGAUAGUUCACUUUGGUUUUGUUUUUGUUUCAACGUCGACUGGUUUGUUCCUAAGUUUGUGACUUCGACGGAUAUUUGGUAAUUAAUGCAGUCUCUCAUUGUUAUGUGUCACAUCAUUGUUCUUGUCUGAAUUCGGUAGCCAGCACUUCAUAUCAGGUGAAUUCGUUGGUGCGUGUUUGCUAACAAAUUCCUGAACUUUUAGUUGUAUGUGCGCGUGUGCUGAACUACAACAUUAAUGAAAACGCAACACUGCUAUUACUGUGCUGCGAAAGAAAAGGUA